AUGAGUGAAGAGCAUAUGUUAGAGACUUUCCCAUCCUCUGGACGUGCGGAUGCGGACAUCGAGGAAACCGAGGACUUUGCACCCCCGCAUCACCGACCACCAAAUGCACUUCUCUACGCUAUCUUUGUCGGGUGCUUCAUUGCCAGUGCGGACGAGGCGCUGAUGAUCUCGACCUACACCUCGAUUGCCUCCGAGUUCCAGCAGCUCACCCUGGGAUCCUGGCUACUGGUCGCGUACAACUGCGGAAGUUGUGUUGCAUGCCCGGUGAUUGGCGCUCUGUGUGACAUUUACGGUCGCAAAAAGACACUGUUGGGAUCAUAUGCCGUUUUCAUUGCCGGUAGCUUCCUAUGCGGUGUCAGUGGCUCUCUGGUUACGUUAGCCGGAUCGAGGGUGAUUGCUGGUGUAGGCGGCGCUGGAAUGGUCGCAAUGACCUCCGUUAUCAUCACAGAUUUGAUCCCACCCCACGAAGUGGCACUGUAUGACGGCUACUCGAGCACUAUCAACAUGCUUGGCCGCAGUGUUGGACCUCCCCUUGGCGGGUUUCUGACGCAAACAGUCGGUUGGCGAUUGUCGUUUUUGGGUCAGAUCCCCUUCGCCGUACUGUGUCUUGUUGCUAUGAUGUGGGGUAAACCACCACCACUGGCUCACCUUGACCGUCAAGUGCAUGGAGAGCCCAAGGAAUCACACAAAAAAGACAUUGAUGUCUCUGGUAUGCUAUUUCUGACAUUCACGGUUGUGGCUUUGAGCGCUCUGGUAGAGUAUGUGACUGCUCCGGAUGCAGAGGGUCAGAAUGCAGCGGUCAUUUUCUUUCUUUUGGUGGCUACUCUGGUGGCUGGUGUUGGGUUCGCCGUCGUGGAGGGAUUCUAUGCUACGAACCCGCUGCUACCAGUGCAUCUAAUAAAAGGACCCUUCGGGGCUUGGUGUCUGAUGGAGCUUCUAAUUUACAUUGGGCGUGGCGCGCUCCUAACGCACCUAACUCCGUAUCUCAUCCGUGUCGAGGGCUGGAGUGAUGCAUGGGCAUCUUUUGCGUUUGUUGGAAAUGUUCUGGGUAUCGCAUCUGGGGGGCUUGCGGCUGGAUAUGCGAUAAAAAGAUACAAGCGAUAUCGCAAACUCGGGAUAUCCUCUCAUGCCCUCACCACUCUUGCCUACCUCCUGCUUUUCGUCGAGUGGCGCAAUGGCUGCACGAUCUGGCAAGCUGGUCUCCCCUCACUCCUGGGUUUAGGAACCGGGCUCAUGUACACCGUCAAUUUCAUCGGCUUGGCCACCACCUCUCCGAAAGAAAGUAUGCCCGCGUGUAUUGGUACGAUUGAACUUUGUGAAUCUCUCGGGUUUAUUGUGGGUCCUGCCAUUAGCACCGCAAUGAUCCAGAAGAUGUUUGCAUAUAGUCUCGCGAUGACCAUGCCCAGGGUGCCUGGCCUGUCCGAAACAAUUCAUCACAUCCUCGAUGACGCGCGGUUUUCCUUUACCCUUGGCGAUGCCAUCCAGCAGAUCGCGCGGACUAGCUACCUGCAGGCUUUUCAAUAUGUACCACUCUUUGCCACGGUUUGCAGCGGAGCAGCGUUGGCUAUUUUCAUGCGUACCAAUACCGGCGACCUGUUAGAAUAA